CCCAAAGCUCGGCCGCUCGCGAGAGCGAGCCAAACUCCGGGCGGGUCCCCGACGCGCUUCCAGUCGCUUCUCCGCGCUCUGGGGGCUUUUGCGCUCAUGGAGCUGCGAGCGAUCCCGACCUUGCGCGCCGCCCUGGCGCUGGCCGCCCUGGCGAUGAUGGGCGCCUCUGCGGGCAGCGAAGGCAAGCGGGAAAGCGUGGAUCCCGGGAAGCUCCUGGUCCUGACAGCUGCCACGGAGACAACAGAGGGCUACCGGCGCUUUCUACGAACUACCAAAUAUUUCAACUACACCGUCAAGACUUUAGGACUCGGUGAAGAUUGGAAAGGAGGUGAUGUUGCCCGGACGGUCGGCGGAGGUCAGAAGGUCCGAUGGCUGAAGGCUGAAAUGAAGAAAUAUGCAAAUGAAGAGGAUCUUAUUGUCAUGUUUGUGGAUAGCUAUGAUGUGAUCCUGGCUGGAAGUCCCAUUGAACUUCUUUGGAAGUUCCUGCAGUUUAAGAGCAACCUGGUCUUCUCAGCAGAAAUUUUCUGCUGGCCGGAGUGGUCCCUGGCUGAAAAGUACCCACCGGUCACCUAUGGAAAGCGCUUCUUAAACUCUGGAGGAUUCAUUGGCUAUGCCCCCGUGAUCAACCGCAUUGUCCAGCUGUGGAAGUACAAGGAUGACGAUGACGACCAGCUGUUUUACACACGCGUUUACUUGGAUCCUGCCUUGCGUGAAAAAUAUGGGAUCACCUUGGAUCACACGUCCAAAAUCUUCCAGAACCUGAAUGGGGCGAUUGAAGAGGUGGUGCUGAAAUUUGAGCAGACCCGGGUGCGAGCCCGAAACGUUGCAUACGAUACCCUUCCUGUGGUUAUCCACGGCAAUGGACCCACCAAGUUACAGCUGAAUUAUUUGGGGAAUUACAUCCCCAAUGGCUGGACAUACGAGGGGGGCUGCGAAGUGUGCGAUGAUGACCUCCUGGAUCUGUCGGACGUACCAGAAGAGUCAUAUCCACGAGUCCUGCUGGGUGUCUUUAUUGAAAAGCCUAUACCGUUCCUGCCUCAGUUUCUUCAGCGUCUUCUGACUUUGGACUACCCUUAUUCUCACCUCAGGCUCUUCAUUCACAACCACGAGGUGUACCACGAGCCGCACAUCCAAGCUGAAUGGGAUCAACUUCGCAAGGCCUUUGACACCAUCAAACUAAUAGGGCCGGAGGAAGAUCUGAGUGAAGGAGAAGCCCGAGAUAUGGCGAUGGAUCUGUGCCGACAGGAUCCCACCUGCGACUAUUACUUUAGCCUCGAUGCUGACGUGGUGGUGACCAAUCCCGAAAUCCUGCAGAUACUUAUGCAGGAGAACAAGUACGUGAUUGCUCCCAUGGUGUCUCGCUUUGGCAAACUUUGGUCCAACUUUUGGGGAGCCCUGAGCCCCGAUGAGUAUUACGCCCGUUCAGAGGACUACGUGGAAUUGGUGCAAGGCAAGAGAAUUGGGGUGUGGAACGUGCCCUAUAUCUCUCAGGCCUACCUGUUGAAAGGGGAGAUCUUAAGGCAGGAGUUGACCCAACGCAAUAUUUUCACCUUGGAGGACACGGAUCCGGACAUGGCCUUUUGUAAAAGUGUGCGGGAGAAGGGCAUCUUCCUCCAUAUUAGUAACCGGGAUGAUUUUGGACGCCUCCUUUCCACCAAUAGAUACAACACCUCCCGCCUACAUCCUGAGCUGUGGCAGAUUACGGAAAAUCCUUUGGACUGGCAGGAGAAAUAUAUCCACGAGAACUACUCGCGCGUUCUUGAGGGAGAAUUUUUUGAACAGCCUUGCCCUGAUGUUUACUGGUUUCCGGUGUUCACCGAUCAGAUGUGCGAUGAUCUGGUGGAAGAGGCGGAACACUUCGGCCGGUGGUCAGGAGGAAAACAUGAGGACACUCGGCUGGUUGGCGGCUACGAGAACGUCCCCACCGUUGACAUUCACAUGAACCAAAUCGGCUUUGAGAAGGAGUGGCUGCAGUUCUUGCAGGACUACAUUGCACCGGUCACAGAAAAGUUCUAUCCAGGCUACCACACCAAGGCUCGCGCAAUCAUGAACUUCAUGGUCCGAUAUCGUCCGGACGAGCAGCCUUCUCUUCGCCCCCAUCAUGAUUCCUCCACUUUCACCAUCAAUGUUGCUCUUAACCACAAAGGGAUAGAUUACAAGGGAGGCGGCUGCCGAUUUAUCCGCUACAAUUGCCAAGUGGAAUCUCCCCGCAAGGGCUGGAGCCUGAUCCACCCAGGACGUCUUACCCACUACCACGAAGGUCUGCCCACCACUUGGGGUACUCGCUACAUCAUGGUUUCCUUUGUGGACCCCUAACGCUGGCAUCCCCUGGCUCGCCCUCCCCCUCCGGCUCAUGGAUUGAGGGCCCCAUGGCGGCCAGUGCACGUGGAGAGGUGCAGAAAAGAGGGGAACUAUCUCUCGCUCCAGCUUCGUUGCCACUAGGUGCCUUCAAAACCAGAGAAAGGGACAACUGGUUUCCAAGCACAAAUGGACUCAGCUUACAGCUCAGCCCUUCAUUGUCGGUCACCACUAGCAUCAAGAGCCACUGUUGCCUUCCUUCCCUCGUCUCCCAUUGUACCCAAGAUUGGAGAAACACAGGGGUCAUUCCACUCUUCGGCCAGUUGUUAUUUGAUCCGGAUCUGCUCCAAGUCCUGUCCCUGUGGCUCUGGCCCCUAAAGAAUUCUUACCACGCUAAAGAGGAUGAGCAUUGUUGAGCUAAGCUUCUCCAUAGGAUGAAUUUGAGGCUGUUGUUCAGUUGCUAAACCGCAUCCGACUCAUUGCAAACUCAUGGACCGUAGCACACGACGCCCAGGGACGAAAUCCAGCAGGUUCUGACACCUUCUGGAGAACCGGUAGCAGAAAUUUUGAGCAGUUUGGAGAACCGGCAAAUACCACCUCUGGCUGGCCCCAGAGUGGGGUGGGAAUGAAGAUUUUGCAAUAUCUUUCCCCCUGCAGUGGGGAGGGAAUGGGGAUUUUGCAGUAUCCUUCCCCUGGAGUGGGGUGGGAAUGGAGAUUGCAGUAUCCUUCCCCUGCCAUGCCCACCAAACCACACCCACCAAGCCACACCACGCCUACCAAGCCGCGCCCACCGAACCUGUAGUAAAAAUAUUUGGAUGUUACCACUGACUACGCCCCACCUUCCACAUCCUCCAGUGUCUCCCAGAGUUUGUCCAAAUUCUUGUUCAUUAUGUUGAUGACAUUAUCUAAUCAUUUGAUGAGCCACGGUGGCGCAGUAGUUAGAGGGCAGUACCGCAGGCUACUUUUGCUGCCUGCCGGCUGCCUGUAAUUUGACAGUUCAAAUCUCACCAGGCUCGAGGUUGACUCAGCCUUCCAUCCUUUCCGAGGUGGGUAAGACGAGGGCCCAAAAUUGUUGGAGGCAAUGUGCUGACUCUGUAAACCGCUUGGAGAGAGGCUGUAAAGCCCUGUAAAGCUAUAUAUGUCUAAGUACUAUUGCUAUUUCAAUCUGUCUUUCCCAACAUCAGGGUCUUUUUCAGAGUCCUUCUCAUUUGGCGGCCAAAGCAUUUUGAGCUUUAGAGUAACAGUUGGAAGGGACUUUGGAGGUCUUCUAGUCCAACCCUCUGCUCAAGCAGGAAACCCGCUAUCAUUUCAGACAAAAUGAUUGUCCGGUACCUUGUUAAAAAGAAAAAGAGCCACAGCUUCGCUAUCUGGCUUUCCGAAGAACAGUCAGGGUUGAUUUUCUUUAGAAUUUAUGGACCGGAUCUCCUUACAGUCUUCUCCAGCACCACAGGAUGGAUACAAACCUGAAUUCUUCCCUUUUCAGGGACUUCCAGAAUUCCACCUCUUCCGCUCCCGAUUUCCUGCCAAACUUCCUCCUUGGGCUACAAUCUGCCAGGUUCACUCCGAAUCUGAUUUUGAAAGAGUAGGCGGGGGGGGGGGCAGGGCUCAAGAUCUGGCCGCCGGUGAAACCAUAAUGGUGCUUCAGCCCAACUCCCGUGCACGGAGAAGAUCGAGACGGGGACAGAAGUUGUGUCCCGGGAGGCAUCUUUCUUAUCUACGUAAAGCAACGCCAGGAUGUCCAAGGAAGCAAUGAAGAAAGAAGACAACGGACAGAUAUAAUUGGUUUUUCUUCAUUCCUGAUGCUGGGGAGAGAGAGAGAAGAGCCUUCUCUAUAGACAGGCCUCUCGGCUCGUUUGGGCUGGAAACAGGGAGGGAGGAGGACAUGGGAGGCUAACUACAGUUACAAAUCAGCCCCGCCUAAAAAAAAGAAGAAGCUCUCAAUGCAUUUUCAAAUUUCUAGAAAUGUUCAGCACCGUAAUGGGAGCAGAGACAUUACUCACAUCUUAUUUUCCAAUGCUGGGCACAAUCCCAGGGCUAAAAGUCUUUCGGUCGUCAUGCUCCACAAAGGGUGACUUGUAUCUUAUUCGAUAGCUAAGAGACCCUCGUCCGAGAUGGCUUCUUUCCAUUCCUCGAGCUUUGUGGCUCUCUUGUGGGAGCUCACAGCCUCGCGUAGCCUCUCGCAACACUGUACACUGUGGGCUAUCGGGUCCGUGCGGACGGAGGGGGGGGAGGGCGGCAAUGUGCUAGCCAUGUCCCCGUACGAAGCAUGCUUUAAAUUAUUUCCUGUCAGACAGCAGCACACUAAAUAAAGCUCCAUUUUAAAAGAG